CCCGGCCGGCUUUUCCCCUCGAAAUUUCUCUCUCCUCAGACCAGGUAAAGGGAAGGAGAGGAGAGCGGAGCGAGAGAGAGGAGGGAGGGACUAGGGCGAUCUAAGAACCCGGUGGGUUUUUAGAACCCUAGCCUUCUCCUGCUAACUGCUGUCAUUUCUUCCGUCGGCAUCGAACCCGUGAACGAGGAGAACAGCAAGCUUUCCGAGCUCAGAGGCUCUGAUCUGCUUGAUCUUCUCUUUUGUGUCAACUGAGUGAAAAGGAAUAGAAAAUGGUUCUAUGGGUUUUUGGGUAUGGUUCACUGGUGUGGAAUCCAGGUUUUCAAUUUGAUGAGAAGGUUAUAGGCUUCAUAAAGGACUAUAGGCGUGUAUUUGACCUUGCAUGUAUAGACCACAGAGGCACACCAGAGAAUCCAGCGAGAACCUGUACUUUAGAGGCCAAUAAAGGAGCAAUUUGUUGGGGUGCUGCCUAUUGUGUUAAAGGAGGCUCAGAGAAAGAAAAACUAGCAAUGCAGUAUUUGGAGAGAAGGGAAUGCGAAUAUGACAAAAUAGCAUCCGUAGACUUCUACAAGGAAGGAAACCUUGAGGAUCCAGCUAUUACUAAUAUACUAGUAUUCAUUUCUACUCCAGAUAUAGUGGCUAAUCGGUACUAUCUAGGCCCAGCACCUUUGGAGGAAAUGGCAAGGCAGAUUGCAACUGCAACCGGUCCUUGUGGGAAUAAUAGGGAUUACCUGUUUUCAAUGGAGAAGGCAUUGUUCGAUAUAGGGCAUGAAGACGAUUAUAUUAUACUUCUGGCCAACGAGGUGAGGAAGGUGCUGAGUCACCUGAGGGCAGUAAUAACCCAUGUUGCAAUGAUAGAUCAGCUUCCGUUGAGGGGCCUCACUCCCCUCCUGGAGACUACUCUCGUGCAUUCGGGGUAAUGUAUCCAUCUGUGCAGGAGUUCUACUCUCUUUGAUUU